GCGGCCCUGGCCGAGGCCCAGCUUCUUCCGCCGCUUUCUGCUGCCGUCGCCGCUGCCUGCGUGUCGGGGAGAAGCCCUAAGUAACAGAUGCGGGUAAAAGAUCCAUCGAGGGCUAACCCUGAAAAAAACAAGAGAAACAAAAGGCCUAAUAGGCCUCAGGAUGAAGACUCUUCAGAUGACAUUGCAGGUUUAACCUGCCAACAUGUAAGCCAAGCAGUGGAUGUGCAUCAUGUGAAGAGGGCAGUAGCUCAGAAUGUUUGGUCAAUAUGUUCAGAAUGUUUAAAAGAAAGGCGAAUAAAUGAUGGCAACCCAGUGAUUCCUUCUGACAUAUGGCUGUGCCUCAAAUGUGGCUCUCAGGGUUGUAGUCAAAACUCAGAAGGCCAGCAUUCUCUGAAACAUUUCCAAACUGCUCGCACAGAACCUCAUUGCAUUGUAAUAAAUCUCAGCACAUGGAUCAUAUGGUGUUAUGAAUGUGAUGAAGAGCUGUCAACACAUUGCAACAAGAAGGUUUUGGCUCAGAUAGUUGACUUUCUUCAGAAACAUGUUUCUAGGACUGAACCAAGUUCAUCGUCAAAAAUUAUACGACUUCGCGAAGAAAAUAAUGAAGGAAGUGAAAUAUUGAAAGGAAAAAGUUCUGCAAAUGGCGCUUCAAUUCCAGUUAAGGGGAUAAAUAAUUUAGGAAAUACAUGUUUUUUUAAUGCUGUCAUGCAGAAUCUGGCACAGACUCACAUGUUAAAUGAACUAAUGUAUGAGAUGAAGGAAAAGGGAAUAAAGUUAAAAAUCAGUCAAGCUGAAGAUGCGCAAUUGGAUCCUUUGGUGGUGAACCUCUCAAGCCCUGGACCUUUGACUUCAGCCAUGUUCUUGUUCCUUCACAGUAUGAGGGAAGCUGGCAAAGGCCCUCUUUCUCCCAAAGUUUUGUUCAGCCAGCUCUGUCAAAAGGCCCCUCGGUUUAAAGGGUUUCAACAGCAGGAUAGCCAAGAGCUUCUCCACUAUUUGUUGGAUGCAAUGAGAAUAGAAGAAACAAAGCGUAUACAAGCUGGUAUCUUAAAAGCAUUCAACAAUCCAACAACUAAAACUGCAGAUGAGGAAACUAAAAGAAAAGUUAAAGCAUAUGGAAGAGAGGGUGUGAAGAUGAACUUCAUAGAUAGGAUCUUUGUUGGUGAAUUGACUAGCACUGUCAUGUGUGAGGAAUGUGAAAAUAUUUCCACAGUAAAGGAACCUUUCAUUGAUCUUUCACUCCCUAUAAUAGAGGAGCGGGUCUCAAAACCCGUGCCUUUGGGAAAGACAAGUAAAUGUAAAAACAUACAAGAAGCAGAUCUUGGUCAGUUCAACUGCUCUGCUAUUACUGCGCCAAAUAAUCAACAACCAAAAAUCACCAGGAGACACUCUUUAACAAAAGAUAAGAAUCAGUUAAAUCAUGAAAGAAGUCUUGCCAGGAAAUCCUCCUCUGGGGAGGAGGAGAGAAGUCCAGUUAUCAUGCAUGAAAAAAGAAAGCUUGAAGUAGAAGGUGGUUCUGGAGUUUUGUAUUCUGAGGCCAUAAAUACAGCUACUGUAUCUACAGCAAAUGGAAGUCAGACUGAAGGCAGUGAAAAAGAAGUCAGCCAUUCAGAAAGUAGCGUUGAUGCAGACAGCGAAGCCUCAGAAGGUGAAAGUGCUGCUAAGCGAGCAGUUACUGGUAGAUCCAGUAACGCAUCUGGUUUGCACGUUGACGGGCUUAACCACUUGGUAAACAUUAGACUGCCACACAACAAACCAAGUGACAGUAAUAAUGAGAUGAUCACCAGUGCCAUAUCCAAGCUCAGCUUCAACAGUAUUGUCAAUGAAAGCGAAGAACCCGUCAGUGGGGAUCCAUCAUUAAGUUUGUCAAACAAUUCCAUGUUUUCAGUGGAAAAGUCCCCUUUGUCCCAAAGCCCUCAAAAUGCUUUUCAGACUCUUUCUCAAAGUUAUAUAACUAGCUCUAAAGAAUGUUCUGUUCAGUCCUGCCUCUACCAGUUUACAUCUGUGGAGCUGUUAAUGGGGAACAACAAGCUUUUAUGUGAGAAUUGUACAGAAAGGAAACAGAAGUAUCAAAAGAAAACUCACACCACAGAAAAGAAAACCGAUGGCUUAUACACUAAUGCCCGGAAGCAACUGCUGAUUUCUGCGGUUCCUGCCAUUCUUGUUCUCCAUCUGAAAAGAUUCCACCAGGCUGGUUUGAGUCUCCGGAAAGUAAAUAGACAUGUGGAUUUCCCACUGAUUUUAGACUUAGCACCAUUUUGUUCCGCUUCCUGCAAGAAUGUUACAGAUGGAGCAAGAGUUCUGUACGCUCUUUAUGGAAUAGUGGAGCACAGUGGCUCAAUGCGAGGCGGUCACUAUGCAGCAUAUGUGAAAGUCAGAACACCUUCCAAGAAAUUAUUGGAGCACAUUGCUAGCAAUAAAAAUGUUCAAGGUUUAAAGGAAACUGUGGGAGCAUCAGCAGGACAGUGGGUGUAUGUUAGUGAUGUCCAUGUACAGAUGGUUCCAGAAUCAAGAGUACUAAAUUCACAAGCUUAUCUGCUGUUUUAUGAAAGAAUAUUGUAAGAGUGUUUACCGGUUUAAUUUGAAAAAUGGUAAUGGUUAUUUGGUCUAUCUUACUUAAAUGCUGCAGUGGUUGCAGUACCUGUAAAUAUUGUGCCUUAAUCUGCCCUUUAAUAGAAAACAUACCAUACUUUGACCCUGAACUUCAAUCAAGCUGAUUAUCAACACCCCAACACUAGCUUAAAAAUGUACAUUUUGCCAAACAUUAAAAUUCCUGAACUCCCUGUAUCAGCGAAAGAGAGAGUAAAUGACACACAGGAUGAAAUCCUGGCCCUGUUGAAAUCAAUGGGAGUUUUGCCAUUGAAUUCAGUGGAGCCAGGAUCUCACCCAUGAUUUUAAACCAGUUAAGAAUGAAAAUGACAUUGGUAAUGUUAAGUGCCUGGAAUCCCGAUGGACAGUAAUAAUGCAAAAUUACUCAUCUUCUGUGAGAUUUAGUUCAGAUCAUACAAAUUGCUGGGUUAGAUAUUUUGUCUUAAGAUUUCUACAAACAAAUUUGCAUCAUGGUAUAUUUCCAGACUUAUUAUCUGGAAAGCAGUGCUUCCAGAAUGGAAUGAUGACAUUGGACAACAUUGAUUGGCUAAUGCUGCAGUGUAAUUUCCUGAUGUACUACUGGGAAAACUUAAAAAUAUAGCAUCUACCAGUUCAUGCUUCCUGAUGGCAAAUAGAAUAUUUAGGGUUUGGAUUCUCUCAAAAACCCAGUUAGGUUUGAUACAUUUGCUCUGAGCCAUCUCUGAAUGGCAUUAUUAUAGGAAUUUUCUACCCUUUUAGUACCUGUGGAAUAACCUUGCCGUAAGUCUGUCAUUUGUAAGUCUACUGAUUUAAUAUAUAGCCAUUGUAUUUAUUCAAAUAGUUCUGUAUUUUAGUAAAAACUCAAAACUGCUA